CACUGCGAACGCUACCCGAAACACGAGCUGGAUCGAGUCAAGCUUCUGAAAGAACUGAGGGAGGUUGUUGUGCAUGCGAGCGCAGAGCUCAUCACUUCGGAUGAUGCCUCUUUGUCGCCUUUUAGUGCUGAUGAACUUUCCAGAAUCCUAGAGCUGGCCAACCAUCUUCAAGGUGCAACAAGUCUCCUUCGAACCGUUUAUCUUGUAAACGCGCAGCUCAUUCUUUUUCAAGGUAAAGCCAAGUAUUACAAUUUCUGCGGUCUACCUUGCGCUCGUCUCGAUGCCGACAGAUCUAUAUACAGCGAGAUUACUAGCUUUGAUCCACUGACCAGCAGUUUUUCUUUAGCCCUUGACGCCAUGCUUUUCUGGGCACCACGAUCACACUUGAACGAUCUUCGAAGGGUAUGGGUGGAUAAGUGCAUCAACUCACCACGGUGGAAAGACUACAACACAAAACUCAUGGCGGAGUGGACAGGAAUCACAAUCUACUCCACCGUCAUGUUAGCCGUAGAUGUGAGUUUUCUAGCAGUGCCGAACGUGAACAUUUCUUCGUCGCAGUCGAUCGGGAUUAUUGCUACCUACCUCUCGAUUAUCUCUAUCACUGGCUCCUUGGUCGUCUCAGUCCUGCUGGUCCGUCAAAACCAAAGAUAUGGUUGUGAAUCAGCAGACAAAGCAGAUGAAUUUCUGCGCAGCAUGACGGGCACGUUUUUCGGGGAUAAAGCCCUUGCGACGGUCAACAGUCUCCCUUACGCGAUGCUUAUGUGGGGGUGGGUGGCAUUGAUACUCUCUGGCCAGGGCUAA